AUGAAGUUACUCCGUUGCUUUCUUCUUGUCUUUAUCCAGGUGGUAUAUGUAUUGGCGUCAUCAAUUGAUGAGACUUUAGUAUUGCACGACGGAUCCAUUAACAUUGAGAAUGAUUACACACUUUUCCUUCAAGACUAUUCGAAAUACUUCAAAUCCACAUUAGUUUACAAGAAUGUUAAGGAUGAGAAGAGUUUGAAGAUCGUUAGUGACGUCAAUUCUGAAGAAAACUUGUACAAGAAUAUCAUUAUCUUCCCUAUUACCGGACGUGGAUUAGGCAAAAAAUUGACUUCAGCCGAUCUCUUGAAAUUCAGUAAUAAUGCCAAUGGUAAUAUUAUGGUCAUUGAUGGUGACAAGAGUGCCAGUGAUGAAGUGAGAGUGUUCUUGAACCAAUUGGGUAUUUAUCCAUCACCUAAGCAAUACAAAUUGCACGAUCAUUUUAAUUUUGUCGAAGGCAAUGAAGCCCACGAUGUUUUGUCGAUUCCAAUUGAAGGCAAUUUGUUGGACGAAUCUAACGUUAUUAUUGGUGAAACUUUGAAAACCGAUGAUAUUUUGUACAGCGGUUCUUCAGCAUUAUUGUCGAACAAUAACUUGUUGAUCCCAAUCCUCUCUGCCCCAAAGACUUCUUUCAACUAUAACCCAAAGAAAUUGGAUAAGAAAUCUACUGAAGAUGAUGCAAAGUACCUCAAUGAUGUCAACUACUGGGCUUUGGGUAACCAAAACUAUCUUAUUGUUGCUUUCCAAAACUUGGUCAACUCAAGAGUUUCAUGGGUUGGCAGUAGUGAUUUCUUGAGUGACGCAUCCUACAAGCAAUCAAAUUACAAGAAUGAAAAAAUCUUCAAUGAUUUACUCAAAUGGACUUUCGGUGAAAAGAAUGUGUUGAGGAUUGAUUACGUUGAAUUCUUUAAGACCCCUGAAAACACUUUCAAUCCAAAAUUACUUAAGGACACUUUCAAAGUCAAGGACGAGGUUAUUUAUAACCUUGGUGUUUCUGAAUAUCGUGGCGGGGAAUGGGUUCCAUACCAAGCUGAUGACAUUCAAUUAGAGUUCACUAUGUUGGACCCAUACUACAGAUUGAACUUGGUUCCUGUUUCUGAUGAUUCACCUGUAUUAUCGUUCAACUCUCCAGAACUUAGUACUGCUGAACCAAACACUACUUUCUUUUCUAAAAAGUUCCUGGAUGACGUUUCAUCAAGCAAAUUUUACUCUGCGAAGUUCGUAUUACCAGAUCAGCACGGUAUGUUCAAAUACCUUGUUGACUACAAGAAGUCUGGAUACAGUUUCUUGUUUAGUGAGAACAUCAUCACCUUGCGUAAUUUGGCAUUCGAUGAAUACAUCAAGUCCUCUCAAAUUGUUAAUUCUUGGGUGUACUUGAGUGCCAUUGUGACAAUGAUUGGUGGUUGGCUCGUGUUUUUAGUUUUAUUCUUGUUCAGUAGUGAAUCAAAAAAGACUACCAUUACCAAGAAGAAUAAUUGA